AAUAGAACGUGUGUAGACAAACGUGUAAAAAACAACUAAUAAUUAUUACAAUAUUUUUCUAUAAUAAUGACAAACAAUUAAACAGUUUAAUAAAAAAUAAAUUAUAAAAAUAUACAAAAUAAUUUGAAGGAAUCUUUAAAAUGUCAACUAAAAUAAAAUUCAUUGCACCAGGUGACAGUUCAUGGCAAGAAGACAGACCAGAUAUUGAUGCUCAUUCAUCAACUCAAUUUGUUUAUAAUGCUCAUCAUUCACUUGCUCUAAAUUUACAACGACAACGUUUGCCAAUUUACAAAAAUCGUAGUCAUAUCAUUUAUCUAUUAGAUAAAUAUCAGACAGUUGUUUUGAUUGGUGAAACGGGUUGUGGAAAAAGUACCCAAGUACCUCAGUAUUUACUGGAGGCAGGAUGGUGUGCAGAUGGAAAAAUGAUUGGAAUAACAGAGCCAAGACGAGUUGCUGCAACUUCACUGGCAAAUAGAGUUGCUGAUGAACGUGGUUGUGUUCUUGGUACUGAAGUUGGAUAUUCAAUUAGAUUUGAUGAUUCAACAGACUCAUCAACUAGAAUCAAGUUUAUGACUGAGGGAAUUUUAUUACGAGAAAUGAUGGGAGAUCCAUUGUUGACUAAUUAUUGUAUAAUAAUACUUGAUGAGGUACAUGAAAGGACACUCUUGACCGACAUUAUAAUGGGAUUGUUGAAAAAAAUUCUUCGGAAAAGAAAAAGUUUAAAAGUUAUUGUAUCAUCUGCAACAGUUGAUGCUCAAGAACUUUGCGAUUUUUUUAAUUCAAAUACUAAAAAAAAUUCAGCUAAAGAUACUGCAACUAUAUUGAGUGUUGAAGGACGUUUAUAUCCAGUUGAUAUUUUUUAUGUUGAUGAGCCAGUUGCUGAUUAUGUUAAAGCUGUUGUUGAUACUGCUUUAAAAAUUCAUGAAGAUGAAGAAUCAGGUGAUAUUUUGGCUUUUCUAACAGGUAUGGAUGAAGUUGAUAGAGCUGUUUCAUUACUUCAAGAUCAUGCAAAAAUUGUCAAAGAAGGAAAAUUAAAAAUGAUGCCACUUGCAAUGUAUGGAUCACUUCCAAAUUCAGAACAAUUAAAAGUAUUUUGGUUGGCACCAAGAGAUACACGUAAAAUUAUUAUUGCAACAAAUAUUGCUGAGACAUCAAUAACAAUACCAAAUAUAAAUUACGUAAUUGAUUGUGGUUUUGUUAAAAUUCCAUGGUUUGAAAUUGAAACACAAACAAAUAGUUUAAUUAUUGCACCAGUUUCAAAAGCAUCAGCAAAUCAACGUGCUGGUAGAGCUGGACGUGUACGAUCUGGUAAAGCAUAUAGAUUAUACAGUGAAGAAGCAUACAAUGAACUUAUUGAUGCAAAUCCACCACAAAUGCAACGUUCUGAUUUAGCACCAGCUAUAUUACAACUAAAAGCACUAGGCAUUGAUAAUGUUUUACGUUUUAAUUUUCCAUCUGUUCCACCAAGUAAAAAUUUAAUUGCUGGUUUUGAAUUGUUAUUUGCACUUGGAGCAAUUGAUAAAAAUGGAGAUUUAACAAAACCUGAUGGUGUGACUAUGGCAGAAAUGCCACUGGAACCAAUUCUAGCUAAAUGUCUAAUUGUUUCAGGUGAAAUGGAGUGUUCGGAUGAAAUUACAACAAUUCUUGCUAUGCUUCAGGUGCAAAAUGUAUUGAUUCAUCCAGGUGGUGGACAAGCAUCAAUAAAAGCUCGUAUUGCUCAUAGAAAAUUUGAAGUUGCUGAGGGUGAUCUUCUUACAUAUUUAAAUAUUUAUACAGCAUAUGAAAAAUAUAAAUCAUCUGGAUGGUGUCAAAAAAAUUUUUUAAAUGUCAAAGCAUUAAAAAGAGCUACUGAAAUUCGUACACAAAUGAGAAAAUUAAUGAAAAGCAUUGGUAUUAAACAGGCAUCUUGUGAUGGUAAUGUAAAACAACUUUUAAAAUGUAUAACUGCUGGUCUAUUUCCAAAUGCUGCAUAUUUACAUUAUACUGGUGUUUAUAAGACUGUCAGAGGCAACAAAGAUUUAUUCAUUCAUCCAAAUAGUUGUUUAUAUACUUUACAACAACCACAAUGGGUACUUUUUGUUGAAGUCCUUCAAACAAAUAAAACAUAUAUGCGAGAAUUGACUGUUGUUGAGGCUGGAUGGCUGGAGGAGUUGGCUCCACAUUUUUUUCAACGUACUUCUAUUGAAUCGCAUUAAUAUUAUUUAUCACCAUGUACAUAUUGACUGAGACUGUAUAUAUUUUUUAAAUAAAAAAAUUAUAAUAAA